ACCGCCCCUUCCCGGCUGAGUGGGACCCGAUCGCAGCAACCUGACACCGGAGACGGCCGCUCCAGACAAGCCCGCAAACGAGGCGUUCCCAGCCGCCCGCAUCACACCGACAGAUAACCAUCUCCUCCGUCCGCCUGGCUCCAAACACCGGGAGGGGGAAUCAUCUCCGUCCACCGCGCACCAGGAUAGCUGAGACGGACGACGACAACUUUAUUUCAUUUUAAUUUUAUUAUUUUAUCAUUUAUAAUCGAGAAACGAGACUGGACGAGCUGAACUAACUGGUUAGCUCUGUGGCUAGCGUCCUUAGCCUCCAUAGCAACUGGAACAAUUUUAUUUUUUAUGUUGUCAUUUUUAGCCACAGAGUGAGAAAGGUGGACUUCCCUGAAGACGGACAGCUGGUCUUUAAACGCAUCGCCUCCUUGUUGGGGUGUUUUAUCAAUUUUUAUCCGCUUUUUUCCCAAGUUUUCUAGUUCCAGACAGUAGCCGCUUCGGGAAGCUAGCAUGCUAGCUCGCAGAUAUGGACGCUGUUUGGGGGAGAGUUGCGGACGGCUUAUCCGCCAAACAAGUUAGCUGCUCGGCUCAUCUGUUUACUCCCACCCGGAGAGAAAAACAGGAAUAAAUCYCUUUAUUUGCUGGGUUGUUAUUAGUAAUCAAACUGCGCGACUCCAUCACAACAACCUUUUUUUAAUUUUAUUUUUUCCCACAUCAUUUCUCAAUGUGUCUUUCCAAAUCUGCUGGAGCAGUUCAAGGUGUUGAGCUGACGUGACGUGAGGAGGGAGAAAGGCUUAGUAACUACAAAGAAGAAGAAGAAGAAGAAGAGGACCAAAAGAAGUUUUAAUAAAACACACAGCAGGACUCGGGAGGAAAGCUGAUGGACGCCUCUGUCAUGGCCGGGAGUCGAACCGCCACCGAAUUAAUCGCGAAAUUCUGUUUCUGCCUGACGAUUCUCCUGACUGCAGUGGCUGCGGCACAAGGUGAAGAAAGGGAGUGUGCCUUCUCGGACCAGCAGCAUCGGGAGGUGGAGCGAGUGGCUGGGGGUGAAGGCCAGGUCUCCCCAGAGAACACCACCAUUCGAUGCGCCAAGGGMAGCCACUGUUUCGGCCUGUGGGAGAAAAGUCCUCCAGGCGAAGUGCGGCUGGUCAAACAAGGUUGCUGGAGUCACCUGGGUGAUAACCAGGCCUGCCGUGACGACCGCUGCGUGGUGACCAACCUGCCCCCGCAGAUCCAGAAUGGAACGUUCCACUUCUGCUGCUGCGGCAGAGACAUGUGCAACYUCAACUUCACCGACGACUUCCCGUCGCCAAGCCCCACCACUGCACAGCCUAUAAAAGAUGCUGGCACGCUGCGCCACGGAGAGACGGUAAUUAUCGCCCUGGUAACGGUCUCCGUGCUUGCUGUGGUCGCCGUGGCAGCCUUCUUCGGUUACCGCAUGAUGCACGGAGACGGUAAACAAGGCCUGCACAACCUGAACAUGAUGGAAGCUGCUGGCUCUGAGAGCUCUCUGGACCUGGACAAUCUCAAACUGCUGGAGCUGAUCGGACGCGGRAGGUACGGCACCGUGUACGGCGGCUCUCUGGACGAGCGGCCCGUCGCCGUGAAGGUGUUCACCGCAGCCAACCGGCAGAACUUCAUCAACGAGUGCUCCAUCUACCGCCUGCCGCUGCUGGAGCACGAUAACAUCGCUCGCUUCGUGGCUGCCGACGAGCGGACGGGCCCAGAGGGACGUACAGAGUACCUGCUGGUCCUGGACUACUAUCCACAUGGGUCUUUGAGUCGCUACCUGAGCCUCCAGACCAACGACUGGGUCAGCAGCUGCCGCCUGGCUCACUCCGUCACCCGGGGCCUGGCGUACCUGCACACGGAGCUCUACAAAGGAGAUCUGUACAAGCCUGCAGUUUCCCACAGAGACCUGAACAGCCGCAACGUUCUCGUCAAGCCUGAUGGCACGUGCGUAGUCAUUGAUUUCGGUCUGUCCAUGAAGCUGACGGGGAACAGGCCGACGCGUCACGGAGAGGAGGAAAACGCUGCUAUAAGUGAGGUGGGGACAGUUCGUUACAUGGCUCCAGAGGUGCUGGAAGGUGCAGUGAACCUGAGGGACUGUGAAUCUGCGCUGAAGCAGGUGGACAUGUACGCCCUGGGCCUGGUCUACUGGGAGAUCUUCAUGAGAUGUACCGACCUUUUCCCUGGAGAAUCUGUGCCAGAGUACCAGAUGGCCUUUCAGGCAGAGGCAGGGAACCACCCGACGUUUGAGGACAUGCAGGUCCUGGUGUCCAGAGAGAAGCAACGACCCAAAUUCCCUGAGGCCUGGAAGGAGAACAGUCUGGCGGUCCGCUCCCUCAAAGAGACCAUGGAGGACUGUUGGGACCAGGACGCAGAGGCUCGCCUCACAGCCCAGUGCGCUGAAGAACGACUCGCCGAGCUGCUGCUCAUAUGGGACCGCUCCAAGUCCGUCAGUCCAACCCUCAACCCCAUGUCCACUACGCUGCACAAUGAGAGGAAUCGUAUGACCCCAAAGUCUGGUCCCUACACAGACCACCCCUCGACCUACAUUGAGGAGCAUGAAGGUGUAGCUAAAAACAUGCAGGUGGACUCCAGCAACUCCACAACAGGCAGAGCUGGGGUCGGAACCGGAGAGAGGAACCGGAAUUCCAUCAACCAGGAGCGGCAGCAGCAAGCCAACGCCCGCCUGCCCAGCCCAGAGGGCAGCAGCACCAGCAUGGGCCUGAGAGGCAGCCCGUCAGCCUCCACCACUACCACCACCAUCAUCUCUGAGUCUGAGGGACCCACAGGGACCGCCACAGUCCCAGUCUGCCUGCAUCUGACCCAGGAGGACCUGGAAACCACCAAGCUGGAUCCUAAAGAGGUGGACAAGAACCUGAAGGAGAGUUCUGACGAGAACCUGAUGGAGCACUCCCAGAAGCAGUUCUGCUCCCCGGACCCGCUGAGCCCCGGCAGUUCCAGCCUGCUAUACCCCCUCAUCAAGAUGGCCAGCGAAGCCUCGGGAACGUCAGAGCCCCCCGCAGUGGUGCCCGCCGCCAUCUUCCCCCUGCCCAAGCAGCAGAACCUGCCAAAGAGGCCGUCCAGUCUGCCGCUGAGGAACAAGCCCGCCAAGAAGGAGUCUUCCUCGCUCAGGUUCAAGUUUGGACGCUCGGGGAAGUCCAACCUGCGGCAGGUGGAGGGGGCGAAGAUCAACACGGGCGCAGUGCCCAGCACAAACACUGUCGAGGCACACACGGGCACCAAUAACAUACCCGUUCAGCACGAGGCGCACGCCAACGGAGCCCUCAACGGUCACAUUGGCGGAGGGAUCGCCAUCAUGGCAGCGGGAGGCAGCGGCGUGACUCAGAACGGAUCCYCGGCCCUGAGGUCCGACGACAGCCGGCUCAGCCUCGGCGUGAUCACGGCCAGCCCCGACGAACACGAGCCCCUCCUGAGCCGAGAGCGGGAGCAGCCCGACGUGAGGGACGGGUCCUCGAGCGUGAGCGCCCUGCGCUCGGCCCGCCCCAACACCAACAACAACAACAGCAACACCGGACGUGGCCAGGGCCAGGGCGAGGGCGGCAGUGGGGGCGAGAGCGACGCCGGAGAGGAGGAGGGCAGCGCCGAGGGAGGGAGCAGGGAAACUACGGGACCCCCGGGAGACAGUGCCGGGUCAGGGUCCACUGCAGCGGACCCCCCGAGGGAGGCUACGGUCAUCAUGAGAGGAGAGGCUCUGCUCAGGCAGCCCAGAAKUCGCCGACCAGAGAGACCCAACUCCCUGGACCUGUCCUUCACCACCCAGGACCUGGCCUCUCUAGGGGAGGGCGUGGUGCGGCCCGACGGCGCCCUGGGGACGGCUGACAAGAUCAAGAAGCGGGUGAAGACGCCGUACUCUUUGAAGAAGUGGCGGCCCACCACCUGGGUCAUCUCCACGGAUGCCCGGGGGCCCGAGGUCAACAACAACGGCUCGGCCCGCGCCCACAAUCAGAACGGGCCCAAGUCCGGCUCGGCCAUCUACCUGCAGGGCGGCGGCCUGACCAACGAGCCCGGUGACACGCAGGUGUGAACCCGACUGACCAGAACUGGACCCAUAGCACCUGGUCAGAGUGGGUUGUGAUGGUGUACAGUACUUUAGGCCCGUCUCUCUCCCGUGUGUCUCUCUAAUGGCAUUGCUUUAAAUGGAAUCCAGCUAUGCAGCUUCUUCUUCUUCAUCUUCAUCCUUUGUUUCUUCCUCGCGAGCGUAGCAUCGUUUCCUCUUGUUUGUUUGUUUGUUUUUUUUACUUCUUAUGUGCACUUUGAACAAAUCAGUGUUUUAAGUCUUGUCUGUUGCGACCAUAACAAAAAGUGGUCUCUAAAAAAAAAAAAAAAACAAAAGGCGAUGAAAAACAAUCAACACUUGGGAGUGUUCUCCUCGAGCUCCACAAAAAAUCCUAACGUCUUAAAAGACAGAACAAGCUACUUUUUUUAUGUUUGUUUCCUUUGAUUUGUAUGCAAUACCGUGUAUCCAUGUUUUAUGUAUCAUACUUUUUAAAUUGUGCAAUAGGAUGUAGUUUUAUCUUUUGAUGUCAUUUUAGCUUAUUUUUAAUCUUUGUUGCACUUAAUUGUCACAAUCGUUUUUGUAAACAAUCCGCCCCUCCUUCACCUUCCACCAGAAGAAAAUGGACGACAAUCCUCUCUUUUUUUCUCCUCCAACUCUUUACAAAAACUAACAAUCUAGACUGGGAAAGUGGAUUAUCUGUGAAGCGCUGCGCUCGUUUUUAAAACACUACAGUCGCCCUGAAUCCAAGCUGGUACACCUGACCUCACUGUGGACCUGUGUGUUUAUAGCUGUUUUCUUCAGGGGAAACACCACAAAACCCACAUUCUGCUCUUCAUAAUCACAAAGAAAAACAAACGAGAAACACUGAAGCACGCUGGAUAUUAUUUCUGCUUCUCAUCUUCAUCCCCUCGACGUCGGAGCGACUGUUUUUGUCGUUGAGGUGUAGCGCUGUACAUGCGUGCUAAAAAAUGUCAUUGUACCUUUUAUUGUUUUUUUGUUUUUUUGUCAGCGCUGCUGCUUUCGGGGCACAUGACAAGAUCUCAUUUAUGUUUUUGUAAUCUGUACUUUGUAUAAAAAAGAAACCCGACAAAUAUAUGUGUAUCGCAUUAAUAUUUGCAUAAUUUUUACAGAGCUCUGUUGUGCGUUGGAUGGACGCGGCCUUUGAUCCCAUUGCUACGCGUCUGCUCGGUACAGUUUCUGUAAACGUUUUCAACUCAUUAUGGAAGAAAAAUAUCAAUAAAUGUAUGAAACCACUGA